AUGCGACGCGGUUUAAGGAAAAUAUGUGAACAUUUUCAUAAAGAUAAAAGUCAAAUUAAUUGUAUAAGAAAUAUAUAUGGAAAUAAUAAUGUAAUUAAAAAUAAUUUUUUAUCAUCUAUCCAAGGACGAACUUUCAGUAAUAAUAUACCAAAUGAAAAAAAUGAGUCAGACAAUAACAAUCCUUACACAAAUGGAAUGACAUCAGCUUAUUAUUGGGUUGAAUUAACUAAAAAUAAAAUCCAUGAUUUAAAAAUAAAUGAAUUACGAGAACAAUUUUCUGUUUUAAAGGAUUAUGAUGAUAACGAUAUAAUGAUAUGGAGAGAAUCGUUUAAUCAAAUUGACAAGGAUAAGGACAAUUAUAUAUCUCAUGCAGAUUUACAAAAAAGUGAUUGGAGUUUAGAAAAAUAUACUCUAUUUCAAAAUUAUGAUAUGGAUAGAAAUAAUUUAAUUGAUUUCGGUGAAUAUAUACAAGCAAUUAUUGAUAUAGAUACACAACAUUUUAAAAAUUUUUUCCAUGGAUUUAGUAAAAUAGACAUUGAAUUAGAGUUCCAAAAAUAUGCAAUUACAGAAAAGGAUAAUAGCAAAAAGGUUAUCCCAUUAACAAAACUAAUGCAAAUGUUAAAAGAUAAAGAAUUUACAUGUGUUACAGAAACAGAUUCUCGAAAACUUUUUAAUCUAAUGGAUAUAAAUCAAGAUGGAUAUUUAGACUUUGAGGAUUUUGUAGAGUGGCUAGGAAUUAAAUAA